AUGAGCCGCCAGCUGACCCUCUUCACCGGUGGGGAGCGCCUGGGCUUCAGCGGCUACUCCGCAGUCCUCUCGGGCCGGUUUGGCAGUAGCUGCUCCUCGUUCAGGACCGGGGUCAAGGGCGCGGCGCCCUUUGGUAGCAGGAGCCUCUUCAGCCUGGGGGGUGGCCGGCGCCAGGCUCGCUGCUGCGCUGGGUCCGGGCGGGGCGGUGGCUUUGCGCUCGGCCAUGGCGGCGCGGGCGGAGGCCGCCCGGGAGGCUUUGUGGGCACCAUUUUUGGCAGCGCGGGGCUGGGUCCCACGUGUCCCUCCGUGUGCCCUCCCGGCGGCAUCCCUCAGGUCAUUGUCAACAAAAGUCUUUUGGCCCCCCUCAACGUGGAGCUGGAUCGCGAGAUCCAGAAGAUGCGGGUCCAGGAGCGGGAGCAGAUCAAGGCGCUGAACAACAAGUUUGCCUCCUUCAUCGACAAGGUGCGCUUCCUGGAGCAGCAGAACCAGGUGCUACAGACCAAGUGGGAGCUGCUGCAGCAGCUGGACCUGAACAACUGCGGCAAGAGGCUGGAGCCCAUUUACGAGGGUCACAUCAGCAGCCUGAGGAAGCAGCUGGAGACACUCUCUGGGGAUAGGGUGAGGCUGGAAUCGGAGCUGAGGAACAUGAAGGACAUAGUGGAGGACUACAAGAAGAGGUACGAGGUGGAGAUUAAUAGACGCACUGCUGCAGAGAAUGAGUUUGUGAUGCUGAAGAAGGAUGUAGAUGCUGCCUACAUGAACAAGAUUGAGCUUCAGACCAAGGUGGACUCUUUGACAGAAGACAUCAAAUUCUUCAAGUGCCUCUAUGAAGAGGAGAUUGCUCAGAUGCAGUCCCACAUCAGUGACACAUCUGUCAUCCUGUCCAUGGACAACAACCGGGAGCUGGACCUGGACAGCAUCAUUGAUGAGGUUCGAGUCCAAUAUGAAGAGAUCAUGCAGAAGAGCAAGGCUGAGGCUGAGUGCUUGUACCAGACCAAGUGUUCCAACCUGGAGGUGUCUAUCGCUGACACUGAACAGAGGGGAGACUGUGCCCUCAAGGAUGCCCGGGCCAAGCUACAUGAGCUGGAGGGUGCCCUGCAGCAGGGCAAGGAAGAGCUGGCCCGGUUGCUGCUAGAAUACCAGGAUCUUCUGAACACGAAGCUGGAGCUGGACAUCGAGAUUGCCACCUACCGCAAGCUGCUGGAGAGCGAGGAGAGCCGGAUGUCUGGUGAAUACCCAAAUUCCGUGAGCAUCUCGGUGAUCAGCAGCACUAAUGCAGGGACAGGAGGGGCUGGUUUUAAUGUAGGCUUUGGCGCCUCGAGCAGUUACAGCUACAAAGGGGCUGCGGUGGAUGUCAAGACCAAAGGCGACUGUGUCAGCGAGCUCAAGGAUCCUCUUGGCAAGACCUCAGGCAGUAGCUGUACAACCAAAAAGGUCUCCAGAUGACAGGCAGUUGGGACACUGAGCAGAAGACUGCAGACCAUUUCCCUCUCCUUCCUUGGGGCCCUUCCCAGGCCAGGAAGUGCUUUGUCUCUCACCACAAUCCCAAUCCCACCUCCUCUCCGUGUUGUCCUUUCAUGUAGGAAGGCCAGUCAUGGGCUCUCUCCUGGCCUCCUUCCUGGUCACCUUUCACUGGGUGACUGCCUCACACGCGGAGCUAAUGCACACUCCUUGAGUAUUUGCUUGCAGCCAGCUGCCAGCCCCUCUGCCCAGAGCCUUUUGGGACCUU